GCCUAUUUCGAUUCUCAUCGUUCGAAGAGAGCAGCGGAGUAGCUGGGCAUGGAUUUGGAAGGGAUUGCCUCGAUUGCUCUGCUUCCUUGCGGUUCCAUCUCCGGUCACUUCAUCACCUUGCCUCAUUCUGUCUGCUACGGCCUUCAAGGGACGGAAUUGUCCUGCGAGAGGGAGUGUAGCAGAGGUGAAGACUAUCGCCUGAUUAAGCUAUCAAUAAUUGACUUCACCCAGAACAAAAGAGAGAAGGUGGUUGUGGUGGAGUGCAGGGGACAUGAUGCUGCUCGCUUUAAAAAUGUUGAUCAUGCCCAUGGGUGGGAAAAUGAUGUUGUUGAUAUGGUAGAGCAGAAGCACGGGAAACAAGAGAUAUUAGUAUCAUUUGAAUGUGAUACACUUAAGGCAGAUAAUGCUGCUGAAGAACACAUCAAGACUUAUAUGCCUAAUUUAGUUGGACUUGAUGCUGUUGUUAAUGUUGGCCGGAUGAGUAUUUAUGGUCUCGAUUUUGAAGGGAGUGAUGAAUCAAGUAAGUAGGAGGAAUGAUGAAUGUUUCCAUGUUUCAGUGUAUAUAUUUUCAAGACUUGCUGAUGGAACACAAGUAUCACAAAUUUAAGAAACUACUAUUUCUUCUCUUUGGAAACUAGUGUUGCAUGUUAGGUCCUGAAUCUUCUUCAAGCAACAGUUUGUGUUGAACAAAACAUCAAAUUCUUAGCUUUGGUAUUUAGGCACUCACAAUAGAAAGAGUGGAUAUCACUUAUUUACCUUGACUUCCCUUUUUGGUAUGUAGAAUCGAGGAUUUGUGCAUAAAUCUGGGGCACUUCAAACUCUUUAUGUGAUGAGGGAUUGUACCCCACUACACCUUUAACAAAUUAAAACUUCAAAUGUCAUUUUGUUUUAUUGUUUUAGUUUUAUAGAUCUAAUCUACUUUCAAUUUUUUUUUCCCAAAGUUUUCGUAUGGAAUAUUCAAAUCAAAAUAGUUUAUUUUUUUCCCCAAUGUUGGUUCCCAUAAGUAGGGGCCCUCCUACCUUACAAUGUUAUCAUAAUUAUUGAGCGUUAUGGUCCGAUUAAGAGUUGAAUUGAUGCUCAGUUGUUUUUGAAAAUGCAUGUGUGAUCGACGAAAGCAAUAACUUUAGGUGAGAAAAAUAUUACCAAAAGAGCAUCUCUUAGUGUUCAUCUUUGACACUUGACAAAGGAUCAAAUGAGAUGUUCUUAUGCCAAAUAUUCUACAAAGGACCUUUACACAAGGCCUCAAUUAUUUAUUCCUUAUGUUAGACUUAUUUUGAACUUGUGUCAACUAACUUAUAUGAUAGUUUUAGACCUUGAUGUUAAAUUUGGAUUAAUUUGGUCUGCACAACUUUAACUUGGUUGACAUGCUAUUGAAAAUAAGAUGUUUGUGUUGACCAACAUCAUAACUUGGUCAACACAAAUGCCUAUGUUGACCAAAGAAAUAUCUUAGGUCAACCUAAGUUUCUUUCAUAUAUUCUAAGGGUGAUUUAAUGCUCAUCUUAAUAUGUUUGGCCUUUCAAUCACUAAAGAUUAACUUAAAACU